CCAGGGGGAGGACACGGGGGAGGCCGGGGAGGGCUGUCAGUCCCCAGUGCAUGUACAAGGUCUCCAAGGGCUGUGCAGCUCCUGGAUGCUGGAGGUUUCUCUACAGCUCACGUUGCUCCGGGGAGCGCAGCUCUGGUGCGAUGAGGACAGCCCCGCAGACGUCAGGCCUCGCACCCCUCGCUCCUUCCCCGCAGGUCUCGGGUUUCCCCUCCUCACCCCAGUGACGCUGCCUGUCCCGACAGGUGCCGCAGAGCUGCAGAGCCGCACGCCGGGUCACCGCCAGCGCCGCGGUGGACAUGCUAACAUAGGGGCCAGGAGCCCGGUGAACCCCGAAUCCCUUGCCCAGCCACCGUGCCCCGACACGGCACCCACCCUGACCAUGGACCCGGCCCCAGAGAUGAAGAGGAAUAGGUUCCCCAGCAUGAACUUUGAAGCAGAGAUUCUGACAGCUCCACACGAUAAUUCAGAGCUAUAUGUGAUCCCUUCCAUGAGAAGUCUCACAGCUGAGGAGUAUGUAGAGGCCUUCAAGUCAUUUUUGGAUCAUUCAACAGAGCACCAGUGCAUGGACCAGUUCAACAAGGAAGAAAUGCCCAAAAUCAUGGCUAGUCUCGGCAAUGGAAAAUCAACCAUAAAUGUUCUGGGAGUUGGAAGCGGCACAGGUGAACAGGAUUUGAAAAUGAUCAGGAUACUGCAGGCUGCACACCCGGGGGUCCUUAUUGACAACGAAAUCAUAGAGCCCAACCCACAGCACGUGGCAGCUUACAAAGAGUUGGUGAACCAAGCUCCAGACCUGCAGAAUGUCUCCUUUAUUUGGCACCAGCUCACUUCCUCUGAGUAUGAACAACAGGUUAAAGAGAAAGGCACGCAUAAGAAAUUUGACUUCAUCCAUAUGAUCCAGAUGCUAUACCGUGUGGAAGAUAUUCACAAUACUAUCAAGUUUUUCCACAGCUGCCUCAACCAUCAUGGUAAACUCCUGAUAAUAAUUUUAUCAGACAGCAGCGGAUGGGCCAGCUUAUGGAAGAAGUACAGACACUGCUUGCCUCCCACCGACAGCGGCCACUACGUCACCUCCAACGGCAUCACGGAUGUUCUGAAGAGACUGGGUGUUGUGUACCGCGUUCAUGAGUUCCCGUCGGGCUGGGAUAUCACCGAGUGCUUUAUCGAGGGUGACCCGGUUGGAGGCCUCAUGAUGGAUUUCCUGACGGGGACAAAAGACUUUCUGGGCACGGCCCCCCCGGCUCUGCGGCGGCGGCUGCACGAGGCUCUGUGCCAGCCCGAGUGCAGCAGCAGAAAGGAUGGGAGGAUCAUCUUCAGCAACAACUUGAAUGAUUCCUCUGAAACGACUGUAAUGGAAAAAAGAGGAAAGCAAUGGGAAAACGAUAGCGUAACAUCAUCCCUCUGGCAGGAUGCUGGCACUCUGGUCUAUAAAAAUGAAAACCAAAAUAUACCAAGAGCCAGACUUGCGUUGGAAGCUCCAAAGAACCUUUAUAGAAAUUUGGAACAACAUGGGUUCCACCAGAUCUUCCUCAACACAAGCAGCACUUCGGCUUCCACCCCUCCUUGGAGUUCCUGAGCAGACAGACAAGUUUCCAGUAAGCAGAUACUCAGCAAACCUGUGAGCACAAAAUUUACCCACAUCAUUGUAAAUCAAUGUGCAAAUGCUCAAAAGAAAGGAGCACUUCAAAGCAGACGGUUUAGUGACAGCCAAGGGAGAUGAAACACAGCACCCCAUUAAAAACGUGACAGCUUAAUGCUUUAUCUGUAAUUUUUCUUUUGAUUCUUGAAAAGCAAGUCAUUUAACAAUGACUCUGCUUGCACACCUGGAACAAAUACUAUCCUAAGUGUCUGUUCUGUUUAUUUAUAUCUUUAUUCUUGGAUGAAUAUGCUAUUUAAUAACUAUUUGUUGUGCUUUUCAAAAUACACUCUCCUUCCACACAGAAUCUGUGUCUGUGUGGCCACGAGAGGGCUGCAGCAGCCAGCGGAUCAAAUCUGCCUCCCAAAACACUUGAGAUGCUGAGCUGCGGAAACAGAGGCAAGCAGCAGAGCGGGUGAAUGAUGCACCAGCUCUGCUCCACUUUUUUUUUGCCAAUAUCAGCUCUUGGGGACGUUUUUCCUUACCCCAGAGUCACGUUCCUGGUGCCGGGAUUGCACAGCAUGGGCGACAACAAGAGCUGCAGAAAAUCUGCUCUUGGGUUGUUUAUUUUAUUUUCCCCCCACUCACUGGCUGAAGUGCUGCAGCUUAGUUAUCUCCCAAGCACAGGUCUACAGACAAUUAACCAGCCACAGCCGCCGACUCGGGGAGAAAAACAUAAGGAAGGGGAUGUCAGGAGCCUGAGGUUGCUUCUGCUUUAGCUUUCAGCUGAAUUAACCUUGCUGAUCUCAGUCCAGGAUGAGCCCGGCUCAGCAAAUUGCUCCAUGGCAGAUCCCCGGCUCCCGAGGGAUCUGUGUGCUCCGGCACGGCCACAGCUUGUGUUCCAGCCCAAAGUGAACACUGUGGAUACAUGGAUAACCAUGUAGGAAGCUGCUGCUUGUAUUCUGGAGCAGAAGUAAAGCCUAGAAACCCCAAACUGCAUUAUUUUUAAAUGAAGCAGCUGCAGGUUUUAUCCUGAUUUCAAGUUAGCAAUAUGUCCGUUUUCACGGCGUGGCAUUGCUCUGAUCGUGUAUCACAGCCUCCUCAAAAGGAGUUACAGAAAGCAGGUCUGUAUCAUAUCAAGGAAGGAUAAUUUGCUUUUUACUGGGCCUGCUUUCAGGGGCUGAAUGAUUUGCCUUCGUAAACAAUGUCAAGGCUUCUCCAUCCAUGAACAUAACCAGGAGAAAGAAGGUAGCCUAGGAACUGGAAAAUCUAAUAGCUUAUUUCUGAAUAAUCCCAUUAAAAGACAAGCUCACUAAAAUACUGGAGUGUAUAUUGAGAAGAUUAAAACUAACCUCAAUCAGGGAGCAAAACAUAAUAAGACAGAUGCUGAAUUUUUUUUCUCCCCUUCAAUAUUUGCCCCUAGAAAUCCAUUGAGGCUUCUAUCAGGGAUGUAGAAAAUCUUUGGGUACCCCGUGCAUUCUUCAUAAGUAAAUACAUCCAAUAAAGGCGUGGUGAGAUCUUUGACGGUCACGAGCAGAGCAGUUCCCACAAGGCUGUACUUUGGAAAUCCCAGGAAAACCCAGGGCAUGCUUCUGCCCAGAAAACAGACCUCCAGCUGCCCUGAAACCAUGCAUGGUUUAGAGUUACUUCCUCAGAAAUAUUGUCAGGGUCCUUGCUAGGCACAUAAUUGAAGUUUCUUGAGGGAAUGACCUUUCUAAAUGCCUUUACGAUGGGAAGGACAGGAGUAGCUGUGAGUUCAACAUGCAGAGCCUUUUCAUGGAGUAAGUCCUGCUGACCCAAAACAUGAACCAUCUCUGUAACCAGCAGAGAAGGCAGCAAAGGCCAGGCAAAUCUCCCUCCAGUUGCUGGUUGUAUCACCGUGUACUUGUGGUAGGAUCACCUUAACCUUCCUGGAGCUUAAGAAUACCUACAUAGGAUUAUUAACCUUCUGGCUCAGGUCAUAACUCUAAGAAGGUGUUUUUCACCAUGUCUUUGAAAGUACGAUAUAUUUUUGAAGGUCAGAUCCUCCAGACUGAGAACAAAAAUCUAAAAAAAAGUUGAAAAAAUCUUAGUUAUUAACUAUCGUUCCUAGGAUUUGCUCAACUCCAGUGCUUAAGUAUCAACAGAAACUUAAAUCUUACUAGAUGGUGAGAGUUGUGGUUGGGUUUCCAAAGGCAUCGAUGGCCCAGUGCAUGGUCACUCUGCCAUGUGCCAAGCUUCUGUGACACCAGACAGCAAGAACCUGGAAAUAUCCUUAUUUUGGUAUGGACACAGGGGGGUUGUAGUAGUAAACACGCUGGCAGGGCCAUGAAUGCCCUUGUCUUGUCCCAGCAGAGUAGCUCCAGGCUGGUUGGGGACAGACAGUCACCUUGGGGCCUCUGGGCUUCUUCUCACCCAGGGACAGUCACACGAACUUCGGGCUGGGGGAUAAGUGCCUUGGGGUCCAGAAAGACACCCCUAAUAACACAGAUCCCCCCGCCUCUGCUCCCUUGAUCAGCCAGCCCAGCUCUGCUGGAAAUGCUGAACGGUAGAUGCACAGCCCUUCAGAAAUCACAAAGCAAAUAAAGAACUCUUUCUGCCACCAGUUCUAAGUCCUUUGCUGUCUCUAAGAGCACCCUUAUCGAUGCAAAUGUUCCUUGCAAUCAGUUCUAAACCAGGAAAGUAAAUAAACUGACCUGACAGCUUAUACCUCUAAUACAAAUAUAUUCAUGUGAUCAGCCGGGCAUGGGAGCUGGGGCUACGAAAUGCAGGAAAUGUGUUGUCCAUCCUCCAUUCUCCUUCAAUUUCUUGUUAAAAAAUAAAUCUCUCCGAGAUAAAUGUUUGAAGGGUACAAGCUGCAGCUGGAAAGAUCUCGGGUCUGAAGAGGAUCCUUUGUAGAACACGUGAGAUGGCUGGAUCCCAGCCGGGCUUUUCUUCUCAUUGCUGAGAAGGAACAGGGAAGAGCAGAACAGGAGCUUCAUUUCCACCAGUCCCUCCCCGAUAGUCUGAAGGCACUUUUGAUUAGGCCUGCCAGCAAGUUUCUAGAGAAAACAUACAUUUUGUCGUACGCUGUAAUGAUGGUACCUCUGGUGAAUUUAGAAAUUUUCGGAGCAGUCUCUAAGUCCCUAUUGCUUUGUUAACAUUUUUUAGCAUCCUAUUAAUCACUCUGUAUGUAUCUGUCAACAGCUGAUAUUAUGGAUUAAGGAAGAUUACAGCUCAUUGCUUCAGUGGCUGUUUUCUUUAGGUUUUAACUCUGUGGUGCCAUUGACAAGACCAAGCCCCUUGCUUUUGUGAAUGCUUUACAAUGCUUUCCUGACUCAGAGUGGUUUUACUUUAUAAGGUACGUACAUGAUUAUUCAGAGAGUAAAUGUUUUGAUUUUAUUAUCUCUGCAAGAAGAGCUAAUAUACUUCCAGCAUUGAACAAACAGUCCAAGAGAUCUUGAUUUGUAGAUGUUUUCACAUAGAUAAAUGUUGACUUUGAUUUGUCGUGCUUGUGCAGAUCGUGUCACUUGUUAUUUAGGAAAACGGGAUGGUAUUUGAGGAAAUAAAGAUAAAAGUUCUACAGAUUUAAUACAUUUAACUUAUAGACCUUCUCCAUUAUUUACUAUAAACUACAGGUUAUUCUUCAGUUUCAGAUAUUUUUUAUCCAUUUUGGGAUGCAAAGAAAUCCCUGUGACUCAAAGCAGAAGUAAUUAACACCGGAGAAUCAAACAAUCCAACUGUGAAUAACCUUCAGUCUAAAAAUUAUUCACCCAACCUUACCCACUCAUGCUGGGACUUGUUUUUCUAUGAGCUUCAAAAUAACAAUGAUAGGAAAUACAAAUUUCAGCCUAGAUGGCCUUCCUGUGCCUGCUUAAUUUUUACAUCUUGCCUGCAAGCUCUCACCCUUCCCAGCUCCCUUCUCCAGCAGAGCAGCCCCCCAUCACCUUAUCUCAAAGCAGCCAAAUUAAGGAAAAUCUGGGGGACGUGGGGUCAUGACCAACCUCAAUUGUGACUCACUCGCAAUUUCUGCCAAACAUUAAUGCAGAUUUUUUGCUUCAGAGCCUAAGGUGACACGAAACAAAUGACCUGCACUCGUCUGGGUGUUUUACUGGGAGCGUCUCACCCGAUUACAAAUGCCAUAAAACAACCAGCGCUGCCAGAGCGUUCUUCCAUUGCACUUCGUAUAAAUUAUUCCUGAGCCACUGCUUAAUGUUUAUUAAUAUUUCUGAUGCUUUUUAGAUUUUAAACUAAUGACAUUAAUAUAACCUAUAAUACAAAGCCAGGUAAAGGUAUAAAUGGGAGGGUAAACAUCUUGCUUUCUCCUCUGUAUGGGUGAACUCUGUUUAGGGUCCCUAUGUGUGUAGAGGAGCAGCACUCCCAGCAACUAUGGUCCCCAAAUUCAUUCUGGUUCUGGUGGGAAUUUAAAUAAAUUUUCCAAUUCUAUCACUCAGCAACAAAUUGCUUUUGAACGUAAUUAGCAUUUAUACUGGUACUGGAGUCUUGUUUAUUUAUGUGUCACAACGGUCCCUGGAAAACGUGAGAAUAUAUGAAAUUUCACUCAGGCUCAGACAAAAACUCCACUUUGACGAGAAUCAUGACCUGCCUAGGGAGGGAGGGAAAGAAGUAGGGAAUAGAGAAAAUAGACUUUCUUCUGUGACACUUCAGUUUUCCUUCCCCCAUCUUCUCCUGCCUUUUGGUCACCUGUUGGUCAGGGGCCUCCUGCACCAAAGGCUGCAUCCAGCUAAUCCUAUCUCCUCCUUGCCUUUCCCCAUUCAUUUGCUUAAUUUCUUUCCAGACAUUUUGCAAAUAAUGGCAACAAAUAAAUCCAUUUCAAGCGCCUCUUCGAAGUUGCUUUUAAUCUUGGUUGUAAGACAUCUCUUUUUUAAAAUUAUGUUUUUAAAUUUUAUUUAUUUAUUUAUUUCCUCUAACAUGAGGACCAUCUGGCCCCUGCAAAUAUGACAGCUCAGCUUUUCAUUUCAGGGCUGCUACGGACUGGAUGGCACUGGCUUCUCCAUAGAGUCACCACCUCCUUGGUGUCAUGAGGUGGUAAGUGCAGGGAAAGGAACCAGCAAGAAGGAGAACCAGCCCUUACCAGCCCCAGCGCUGACAGCCCAGGGGACGAGAGCCUGGCACUAGGAGAUGCUCCUUAACAUUGCAAGGGGAAGAGAUGGAGGAAAAGUUUUUCCAUCCCACCUUUCAGUCCUCUGGGGAGAAAAACAUGAGCUCAUCAUGGUGACAUGGAGCAUGUUUCCAGCUGACAGGUAACAGUUGGCAAAGCAGAACCUGGGGGUUGUCCAUCAGCUGUCAGUGGCUGCUAAUGAUGGUUUUCCAGCAGGUAUCGUAAUUUUAUGAUUAGAUGGAAGUUGCUCUGCAGGCAGAGCACCAGCAUUGUGGUGCGGGAUGCUGCUUUUUGGUGGGCUGGGUUUGGGUAGGACUUUUCCCUUUUCCCCAGUGAUCCCUGCCUCCAAAACCCCUCACUGUGGGUUUGUCAGGCUGCUGUGCCUCCUGCCGUGUCACUCUGCUCCUGGACCUGCCUUUAACAUUUGUGUGCACCCUGACUGCAAAACCGUCUGUCAUCUUCUGCUUCCAAAAUCAGCCUGGAAAUCAUAUCAGAGAGUACCUGCUGUUAAAAUCUUCUCACUUGGAUAUUCAACAGAGAAACAUUUAAUUCAAACAUGCAAAAGGAAGUUCAUUUUUGUAAUUAAGGGCUGUCCCUGUUCCUAGGAGAGCUGAGGUUUGCACAGGGCUCUGCCACAGGCCUCCCCAGUGUGACCAUAAUCACUUCAUCUUGCUGCGCCCUGAUUUUCCAUCUUUAAAAUCUUCCUUUCCUUGCAGGCAGGUCAUUGAGGCUAGAUCCAUUACAGUAAGUGAGACACUUUAUUAUUGAGGUGAUAAGUGUCAUGACAAUACAAAAGUAAUAAUAAAUAACUUCUCUAAAAGUGUAAAAGGGUCUGACAUUAUUAAUUGCAUUUCAAGCACUUGCAGUGUGUGUGGACUGAUACUGAAUGCAGAACAGACUGAAGGUUUUCCUUUUGCUCACAUGCUUGCACUUCAGAAAGGAACGGCCUUUCUUCAGCUGAAAUGUCCUCAGUGCAUUGACCCAGCGAGAAACCUCUCACCUGUGCAAGUCCCCAGCACUCCCAUCGGGGCUCACAUGACCCUACGGGGGUGCAAAGGUGGAGGAGAACCCCUCCAAGAGGCAGGGCAAGUCUUUCUUUGUCCCAAAAGCUUUUCUACGUGUUUGCUUUCAGCAUAGCUUCCUAUUUUUCAACAACAUUUCUUUCAGCCCCCUUUGGCUGUGGGUCAGUGAAAUGAAAGGCUUCCCACGAGCCAAGGGGAUGCGGACACAUGGGGCUUUCUGCAUCAAUCCCCCCAGUAGCCCUUCUGAAAUAACCUGCCCAUAACAGCACCCUGGGACUUCAGCACUGAAGCCCUGAGGUUGCCCCAAAGCACCUUUGGUUUGCCCUCACCUGCUGCCUCUACAUGCUGCAAGUGUCAUCCCUCUGACCACGAGGUUCCUGUGCCUCUCUCAGCCCUGUCUGCUGAUGGAAAUGUGCCCUCUAGCUAACAUGUACCUGAGGAGAAACACUUUAAAUAUUGAAAUGCUGCAUGGAAAGAAGAUACGAUAUUAGAAGAAGAAGAUUGGAUAUUAGGAAAAAAUUAUUCCUGGAAAGGGUUGUCAGACAUCAGAACAGGCUGCCCAGGGAAGCAGUGGAGUCACCAUUCCUGGAGGGGUUUAAAAGGUGUUUAGACAAGGUUCUUAGGGACAUGGUUUAGUGCCAGAGUUAGGUUAUGGUUGGACUCGAUGAUCCUGAGGGUCUCUUCCAACUGAAAUUAUUCUAUGAUUCUAAAAUCUCCAAAAGCAAACCCUGCAGGAUCAGGGCACACAUUCUCUUACUUUGUACAAGGGACACAAAUUGUCCUCAAAUGUCCCACGGACCAGCUUACCAUUAUCUCUUCUCCUAAGAAGCUCCUGCACCAUCCCUCCUCUCCAGCUGGGCCCUCAGAGCCACUUACCAGACCUCAGGCUUCUUUUUCCACACAUUGUGGUCUUCUGGUGGCACCUUGCAAAGGAAAUUGUCUUCCUCAGCCAGGGUGAAAAUACUACCACUUGCCCCAACCAUUUUGCCUUUGUUUCAUCUGCAAAGGUUCCUAUAACCACACCACUUAACAUCAGUCUCCUGCAGAACAAGUGCAGCAGUUGCUCUUCCCCCCAUCCCUCUUCCCCCCAAAAAAGCACUAGCUGAUGGACCACUAUGGUUAUGUACCUGCCCCUUGGUUGACAGACAGGGCUCUUUGCCAAUGAAAAGCCUUAGUUGAGAGAAGUUUCUGGACCACCCCCAUUAAUGGCCACAGCUCAGGUUCAAUGAGGGUAUAAAUACAGAUGCUGGCAGCUCCUUUGAGCUGGUGUGUGUGGUGCAGUGGGUGUGCAGUGGGGUGUCCUUCCUGCUUAGAUUGGAAUGUUCCGCAGGGACUGAAACACUUCACCAAGCUGGUAAGCCAUCUGGGUGCCCUUGGGAGUCUUCACUUGUUAUGAGUGGGAAGAUUCACAUUUUGAAUCGUGACUCUAGAGUGUUGGGAUCCCUUGAGUCUGAAUCUGCUGUGUAGUAAUUAGCUCCUAAGUGGUAUCCAAACCUGUGUUUUAUAAUGUUGUUGGAGUGCUGAAUAAUUAUGAAUAAACCCCAUUUCUAGUUGGUUCUCCACUAAACAGUUCUGGUCAGAAUAAAGUCUGUUUGGAGAUUAUGGCUUGCCCAAAUUGAUUUUUUGGGGUGCCUCUGACAACAAGGAAAAGCUCUUUUCCUCAGUGACAACCAUUAUUUCUUGUGCUUUUUUUGCCAUGUGAUUAAAAGUUCUGGGAGUAUUUGUGUGGGGUCUUUUUUCUGGUAAAAGAUGAAGUGUAAAGACAGUCUUAUGCUUUUUGUUUUCAUGCAUUCCAGAGACUUUGCUGUCAGAAUGAAACCAAGCUUGAGAAAUGAGAAUUUGGGGAAAGCUCUUAAACACAGAAAGCCAAGAUUUAGAAUAGGAACAGCCAGAAUACCCUAAAAGGGAUAUGUUUCUGUUGUUGUAAUCACGUAACUUAAAAGACUUACAAAACGCAGCCUGCUAAAUAGCAAUAGAAAUUCUGGAGUUUGUUAAAACUAUGAUCUGUUCUUCCUGCAAUAUUUUGUGUGUCAGUUAAAUCUUACCUGAAAGAGAAGGACACUGCAACAUCUACAAAAUGUAAGCUGGUGGUGCCAUUGUGGACAGGAUAACCAUUGUGCUUGAAGUGCUUAUACAAAUACAAAACAAGCCCUUUGCAAGGUCUUUCCUCUUAAAAACGGUAAGACCCAACCCUCAGCAAGUUCUGAUUUUAUAGGACUGGUUGUACAACAAGCAGGAACACAGCACCAGCCUCCAACCCUUCCUUUUCUAAAGAGUUGGAAACUUUAUUUUCUUGUGUUCCUUUAACAACAAACGCAAGUGCUCUAAAUCUUCUCAGUCCUAAGUAGAGAUGGUACCAGAUGACUUCAACGGGAGGCAAUGCUUUUAGAUGCUCAUUAAAAAUGUGUUUUAAUGCAUCUCUCCUGCAGGCUAUUAUUCAGUGAUGAAUGUGCGGAGGGCCUUCACAAUGCCCAAAAAAGUGAAUAAAGCUCUUUGUUAAAGGCAGAAGUUGGUCUCAGCUGCUGCAGAGCUCCAGCACAAAGCAUUGCACAAGGCUGGAGCCCACCCUCCAUGUCUCAGUCAAGAUGCUCUUAGAUAAGUUCACUGAGCAAAAGCAGGUCACAUCUGCAGAUAUAAUGUGUCCUUUGAACCUCUGGUACCUCAUUUUCUGUCCUCUACUGUGGCAUCUAUCUUCUUUUGAUCGUUGAGUAAAGGGCGUUUGUUUCAUUACAAUGGAAAUAAAAAUAGUUGACACGAGACAGUAGUGUUGUGCCUAUUCAGAAUGACAGUGGAAAGUUGCACUCCUGAGUUAGCUUGAAUAGAGUGAACAUUAUUAAGUGCUAACAUGAAAAAGAUCUCACAAAUGAGAUAAUCCCUUCACCCAAUUAAUCCUUCCUAAUGAACUUACCCUUUGGAGGUGGGUAGAGCACUUUCAGUGUGAAGUUUGCUUCCUGUGAUCAUUUGUGCCAAUAAAAGUCAUGCAAGAAAGCUGAUGAAAAUGGACGUGAAUGUGCCUGAAGUGAAUUUGUUUUGAUAUUUGACUUUUCAGGAAUAAAAAAUGUGAUUUGUACUUUUCAACCCGAUCCGCUAGCAUGCUCUCUUGAUGUUUCCUAUUCUUUAAUAACUCCUCGAAAGAUAAUAAAGCUCCCAGGCAUCAGCUUCCCUUUGAAUUUGCAGCUGAGAAAAUUCCAUGUUUGAAAUACUUGGAAACAGAGUUUUAUUUGAUAACCUGCAUUUUUAAGGUGGAUAACUACUUUCCUGAAUACCUUGAUGGUUGUUUCAGUAACAGUAGUCUCAAAAUCCUCUUCUGGCUCUGAGAAACUUUGGCUGAGAAAAGAGGCCUUUUUCCACCCAAGCGAUGUUAUAAUGAUACUUCGCACUUAGGCGGAUUCCUUUAUCGAAGCAUGUUUUAUUCAUCAAAUCACCAGGCCCUCAAUUGGUUUUGUCUAAUUGUGACUUUCUUUAUACAACACAGGCUUGGAAGUCCAACCGCAACAGGUUUUUAAUGCUUUUUCCUGUGCUUUGGAGAUCCCAAGAAAGAAAGUGUCAGAGGAAAAAAAUUGUCCGAAAUACUCAAAGCAGAAGUUGACAGACUGAAACAAACCCAGGAGGAGAAAAAAGGUCAAAAGGACUGAUGAGAAGCAUUUUUUGUUUUAAUCAUAUAUUCAUAUUGUGUUAGUUCUUUAUAUGAAACUGGGAGCUGCUGUUGAACUUUAAUUAGAACUGGUUCUAGGCUGCCAAAAGUGUGAGACCAUCUCCAAAUGAGAGUACUCAAAAUCAGCUUCCUAAUUCCUAUCUCUAUUUUAGGAACUCAUACUAGUGAUACGGUUUUCACAGAUGCCGGUGAGCAUUUUUACAGCCUUGGAAAAAGAAAACAUGCCGGAAAAAUUAGGACUUAACUUGAUAAACUGAAAUACCCGAAUUUUAAAUGUUGUCCACUGCAACUUGUCCACUGCUAUAAAGUGAUUCAGAUCAUGAAUAGGUAUUCUCCAUCUCCAGUCUAACUAGAAGAAGAAAAGAUAUUUAAUGAGGACAAUGGAGCUAAUAGCUGGGGAGAAAUUACUUUCCAACUGCUACACAUUUUUGGGGUCAUGAUAAAAUUAGCCACUUUGAAUUUGUGCAGCCUCGUUUCAUACCUCACAUGAAGAACUGGGAUCGUUUUUGAGCGCUGCAAGCAGCUAAUGCUUCUCAGCCCCUGAAGGAAGAGUUUUUAAAUUGCACUUCGUUAAAUACGGUUGCAGAAGGGCCAGUGUAUCCAGGUGAUGGGCACUGAACUGAUACUUCUUUCCAUGUUCUGGAAGAGUCUUUCAAUCAAAGCAAGACCUUAUGACCUGUUUUUAAUUUCACAGUUAUAAAGAUGAACGUGCAACUCUUUCAAAUAAAUAAUUUGGUAUCUACAGAAUGAAACACUUCCCUACCAAACAAUAAUAACACAAUUAUUAUUAUAAGCAGAAAACUAUACAUGCUGUGACAGAUUUUAGUGUCUGUAAUUUAUUUCUAGAUUAAUUGGUAUUUUAUAGUCCAUCCUACUUAAUGUUUGAUUAUGCUUUUUUGAUUGGCAUUUCUGCUCUGUCCUGUGUAGGUUAGCAACUGUUACAUACAUUCUUUUCGAUGAACAUUUUAAUAUAGUUUCCUUCCAAUAAAAACACUUUUCCUUGCUAAUUUUUGCCAGACAUUGUAUGUCUGCACCUG